GCAGAUGAUGGAGCAGCAGCAGCAGAUGCAGGCGCACAUGGAGCGGGAGCGACGGUCGUCCAACUCAGGUUCUCCUUUCCAAGGCCACCCUGCUGUGCUCUCCGUGGCCCCCCCAGUAAUACCUCCACCAAUGAACAUGGGCGGUCCUCCUCCCCCUCCGCCACCGCCGGGACCUCCACCACCUUCAGCAGGGGCGCCCCCACCUCCUCUCCCACCUCCUCUUCCCAUGGGUGGAGGGAGUCACGUGGACGAGCCCCCCGCUCAGACGGGUCUCGCCGCCAUGCUCGCCGGAGCCAAACUGCGGCGCGUUCAGAGACCCCAAGACGACAGCUCCUCAGGCGGCAAAAACGAUGCCAAUCGAACAAGCGGAGGAAGCGGAGGGCUGAUGGAGGAGAUGAACGCUCUGUUGGCGCGAAG